CCGGCCCUAGAGGAUCGGACAGAGCCGAGCCGGUUGGCUGACCGCGCAUCCCUUCUUCCCUGCCCCGGGCCGGUCUGGAGGAUGCCUGGGGCCCCCGCAGCCGUCUAAGUAACCGAGGAGUGAAGGAGGGCAAAGUCCCGGGCGGGAUGGUGCAACAGAAGAGAGGUCGCGUUGGCGAAGCCAAGCGGGAAAGCUGCCAGCCGCCGGCCGCGGGCGAGAGGGCGCGGCUCCGCCGGGAGACCCCUGGUGAGCCGGGCUGGUGCAAGACCCCCAGCGGCCACAUCAAGCGGCCCAUGAACGCUUUCAUGGUGUGGUCGCAGCACGAGAGGCGAAAGAUCAUGGACCAGUGGCCCGAUAUGCACAACGCCGAGAUCUCCAAGAGGUUGGGCCGCCGCUGGCAGCUGCUGCAGGACUCCGAGAAGAUCCCGUUCGUGCGCGAGGCUGAGCGGCUGCGUCUCAAGCACAUGGCUGACUACCCAGACUACAAGUACCGGCCCCGUAAGAAGGGCAAGGGGGCGCCCAGCAAGGCGCGGCCCCGCCUCCCCAGCAAGACUAAGCCGUCGCUGUUGGGCCGCGGGGGUGGGGGGCGCAGGAAGGCGGCGGGGGAGUCUGGGGAGCAGCGCGGGGGAGGCCCGACUCUAGGGGAGGAGGUGGAAGCCGAGGACGAGGAGGAGGAGGAGGAGGAACUGUUGGAAGUGCGGCUGGUGGAGACUCCCGGGCGGGAGCUGUGGCGGAUGGUCCCAGCGGGGCGGGCUGGGGGGCGACCCGGGGAGCGGGCAGGGGGGCCGCGCCCCGAGCCGCAGUCGGAGGAGGCGGGGUGCACCCCCGAGACUUCGAGAUCCUCACAGAGCGGAGUGACCGCCAGCUCGCCCGUUGGCUCCCCGGCGCCCUCUUCCCUGGUCCCUUCGGAUGAAGAGCGCGAGGAAGAAGAGGAGGGGAGGGAGGAGGAGGAGGAGGAGGAGGAGGAGGAAGAGCGGGAGGAGCCUCUUGGGUUCCUGCCCCGGCAACUCCCAGGGGCCAUGGGCCCUGGCCUAGACUGCACCGCCCUCGACAGGGACCCGGACCAAUUGCCUCCCGCAGGGACCUCGCACUUCGAGUUCCCGGACUACUGCACCCCCGAGGUGACCGAGAUGAUCGCUGGGGACUGGCUCAUGUCCAGCAUCGCGGACUUGGUCUUCACCUACUGAGCCAGGCACUCACUAGGUGACUCGGACUCCACAAAUCAGGUCGCACUCAAAAACCAGCUGUUUACAUACAGGAAUCAGGUAUUUUUGGCCUUCAGCCCCAUCAAAGGCAAAGGCUUCCGCUGUCACCCCAUCCCCGACUCAGAAGCCCUCAGCCAUGCCCCCACACUCAGCUUCCCCUUCAACCCAUCCCCUCUGGACACACCCCGCUUUUCGUGACUUGCACCCAGACACGCCCCUCUCUCCAUCUUUCUAGACACACCCCUCUCUCCAUACUCCUAGACACACCCCUCUCUCCAUCCCUUAAACACAGAUACACAUGGGUUGUGGCUCCUUCAGUCCCCUACACACUGGCAUGCUCCUUUCUCCAUCCCAUAUACACACCCCUUUCUUUGUGGUGGAAGCAUAGGGUAGUGGAACUGGAUAGGAGAAAGAUGAACCCCCUUCGAGUUCCAGCUCUUCCCCUAACCAGCUGUGUGACCUUGGGCAGGUGAUUUGACUUCUCUCUGCCUAAAUUUCCUGAUCUAUAAAAUAAAGUGGUUGGAAUAGAUGACCCCUAAGGUCCCUUCCAGCUCUAGCAAUCUAUGAAUCUCUCCCUUAUACAGACACAGACACAGACACAGACACGUCCUUCUCUCCAUCCUUUUUAGAGAUACCAUUCUCUCCAUCCCUUAGGAAGGCAGUAUAAUGCUGCUCUGGAUUGGGAGUCAGAGGAUCUGGGUUCAAAUUCCAGAUUAGAAUCACUACCUGUGUGACCUUGGGCAAAUCCCCUUCACCUUUUGGGGCCUCAGUUUCCUCAUCUGUAAAAU